AAAUAACACUUCAUUUUGUUCGUAUUCUACUGCACGUGUUACAUUCUGAGAGAAAAAUAUAAAAUAAUUAAUUUUUAUAUAAAUAAAGAAACAUUCGAACUUUGAAUCAUGGGAAAGCUGAAUGUAACCGUGUUGCGUUAUCUAACGAAGGAGGAUUUUCGUGUUCUAACAGCCAUUGAAAUGGGCAUGAAGAAUCACGAACUGGUGCCGGGACCAUUGGCUGCAGCCAUUGCCAAUUUAAAGGCGGGAGGAGUACAUAAAAUCCUCAAGGAAUUGUGCAAACACAAACUGUUGUCCUAUGAACGUGGCAAGAAGUAUGAUGGUUAUCGCCUAACCAACACUGGCUAUGAUUAUUUGGCCCUUAAAUCGUUGACUCUUCGCGGCUCCGUAUCUUCGUUUGGCAAUCAAAUUGGUAUUGGCAAGGAGUCCAAUAUUUAUGUUGUGGCCGAUGAGGAAGGCAAACCAAUUUGUUUGAAACUACAUCGUUUGGGUCGUACAUGUUUCCGUAACGUCAAGUCCAAACGUGAUUAUCAUGGACGUCGCCAUAAGGCAUCAUGGUUGUAUUUGUCUAGGAUUUCGGCCACACGAGAAUUUGCCUAUAUGACGGCAUUGUAUGAUCGUGGUUUCCCGGUACCAAAACCCAUUGAUUUCAAUCGUCAUUGUGUUCUCAUGGAAUUGGUUAAUGGCUGGCCAAUGACCCAAAUCCAUGAGCUGCGCGAUCCCGAACAAGUCUAUGAUGAUUUAAUGAAUUUGAUUGUCCGUUUGGGUAACUCUGGUGUAAUUCAUGGUGAUUUCAAUGAAUUCAAUUUAAUGCUGGCCGAUGAUGGCAAACCAAUUUUGAUUGAUUUUCCACAAAUGAUGUCCACAUCCCAUGAAAAUGCUGAAUUUUUCUUCGAACGUGAUGUUAAUUGUGUACGUGAACUCUUCCGUCGCAAAUAUAACUAUGAAAGUGAAGAUUAUCCCAAAUUCUCAGAUCUGAAGAGAGAAGAUGAUUUGGACACAGAGGUUCAUUGUACUGGAUAUGGUUUUACCAAAGAAAUGGAAAAGGAUUUGCUACAGGAAUAUGGCAUGAUUGAAGAGUCCGAUGAAGAAGAAUAUGAAGAUGAUGAAGAUACAGUACCCAAAUUGGUAGAUGGGGAGAAGACAGGAAACAACUAUACAAACGAUGAGCUCGAUGAAUAUCGCCAACAGUUGGAAAAUGAAAUUAGUUUUAGUGAAGUGAAAGCCUCGAGCAAGGCAGAUGAUUCUAUAAGGAAGUACAUUGAAUCGUGCACACAAUAUUUGGGUAAUAUUAAAAUUGGACCUGAGGUUGAUAUACCAGAAAAUAUACCAACACCCAAAUUAAUUGUGGAACAGCAAAUGGCAAAGAAAGAAAAAAUAGAAAACACAGAAACCAAGGAGGAAAACACCACAACUGCCAACGAACCCACGGCCAAUGAUAACGAUUCCAAUAAGGCUGAUCAUGAUUCGGACGCCCAUUCAAUGAGUUCCAAUGAUUUGGAAACUGAUAAUGUUCCCGAAUUGGCUGACAUAGAUCCCAAUUCACGUAUGUAUCGUUUGAAAAUGGUCGAAAAACUUUUGAAUGAUGCCCGUUCACAACGUUCAUAUUCCACGACUGCCAGUACCAUUGCUCCCUCCGUUAUUACGGAUCGUAUUAAACGUAAUAUGGAUAAAAAGGAGAACAUUGAAAUGCGUAAACGUUGUGUGGCCAAGGGUGAGGCGAGUGCCGUACAUCGUCAUCGUAAAGAGAAUAAGAGUGUUGUCAAAGAAUAUGCUGGCUGGGAUUUUUAAUAAUGUUGAUAUAUUCUGCUUAUUUUUAGUUUGUAGGAAAAUUUGUAUAAUUGUAUUAAGAAAAUGAAAAAAAAAAAACGAAAUA